AUGGCUAGCGUCUUGCACCUCCCUCCCAGCCCUUCUGCCACGAGCUGCAACAACAAAUGGACGGGUAGCCCCCGUCAUCGGUCAGGCACGACCUCGACGCUCCCGCGGCCGGGCUUGCGACGCAACACCUCGACCUCGAGCAUCAUCCUCAGCCCUGUCCUUCGCUUCAGUCCGAAUUCGAUUUUCAUCCCCUCGCCUUCCGAGUCGAUCUUUAACUUGGGGGAAGCGUCAUAUGUCGACCAUUCGAACGUUUCACCUACCGCCCCUGUCGCUUCGAGUGCCGGCAGCGGGAGCUGGGAGUCGCGAUGCUCCUUUGCGCCCGACACGAAACCGCAGAGGCCGACGAUCAUCACCAAAUCGGCCAAGUCAACCGAAUUCGUCCCUCUCAACGAAAGCCCUGCACAAAGUGAGCGGUCUCAGAGGAUCCCGACAAUCGCAUCACCGACGUCAGCCACGACCCCGACCGCAGGUGGCUCCUUGCUCGCCCGACGACGAUCGUCCGUCGCGAGCGGGAAGCGCCCCGACAUCUUUGCGCUGUCGGAUCUGAAGAUCUCUCCACCUCUCGAACAAGUUCUUGAUGACACCGUCCCCUUCAAAGUCAUCGGCAUGGCUUCCGCAGCGGUCACGCCGAGUAAAGAAGAUCUCGGUUUGGCCAAAACGCCGACACUCGUCGUCAAGAGUUUCCGCCCUACGAAAUCGUUCGUCCCGACGCCUUUCCCGGAGAAGAGGCAGUUCAUCAGCGAUGACGAAGGUGAUUCGGAUCGCGAGGGUGAAGAGCUAGAAGAACGAGAAGACGGCAAGGUGGGCGAUGAUGCUGAGCCCUAG